CAGAACAAGGCAGGAAAUAACAACGUGAUGAGGAGCAGAGUUGUGCAAAGCGGAGAGCAUGUAAACACCGGACAGGGUGAGGAACAGCUCACCAUUGAGCAAGAUUCUCCAAGAAACAAAGAAAACAUGGACGACAACGAUGAAGACGCACACGAAAAAGGGUAUUUGGAAAGGAAGUAUGAUACAGUUUGUGAUUUUUAUAGGAAGCACAAAACCAUGGUUCGAUACAUCAUCUGGGGUAUUUUAUUAGCAGGUUAUCUGGUUGUGGUGAUUGCAGCCUGUGUGCUGAACUUCCACAGAGCUCUUCCUCUUUUUGUGAUCACCGUGGCUGCCAUCUUCUUUGUCAUCUGGGAUCGCUUGAUGGCCAAAUACGAACACCGAAUUGAUGAGAUCCUGUCUCCUGGCAGAAAUCUUCUGAGCAGUCAUUGGUUCUGGCUGAAGUGGGUAAUCUGGAGCUCCCUGAUCCUAGUGGUUAUUUUCUGGCUGAUCUUCGACACUGCCAAAUUGGGUCAACGGCAGCUGGUGUCCUUUGGUGGGCUUAUCAUGUACAUCGUCCUGUUACUUCUAUUUUCCAAAUACCCAACUAGAGUUUACUGGAGACCUGUCUUAUGGGGAAUUGGUUUACAGUUUCUUCUUGGGCUCUUGAUUCUAAGGACUGAACCUGGAUUUAUAGCUUUCGAUUGGCUGGGCAGACAAGUUCAGACUUUUCUGGAGUACACGGAUGCUGGUGCUUCAUUUGUCUUUGGUGAGAAAUAUAAAGACCACUUCUUUGCAUUUAAGAUCCUGCCAAUCGUGAUUUUCUUCAGCACCGUGAUGUCUAUGCUCUACUACCUUGGACUGAUGCAGUGGGUUAUUAGAAAGGUUGGAUGGCUCAUGUUUGUUACUAUGGGAUCAUCUCCUAUUGAAUCUAUCGUUGCUUCUGGCAAUAUAUUUGUCGGACAAACAGAGUCUCCACUCCUGGUCCGACCUUAUUUACCAUACGUCACCAGGUCUGAACUCCAUGCCAUCAUGACAGCUGGGUUCUCUACAAUUGCUGGAAGCGUCUUAGGCGCGUACAUUUCUUUUGGGGUCCCGUCCUCUCACUUGUUGACGGCUUCAGUUAUGUCGGCUCCCGCAUCAUUGGCUGCAGCUAAACUCUUUUGGCCUGAAACAGAAAAACCUAAAAUAACCCUCAAGAAUGCCAUAAAAAUGGAAAGUGGCGAUUCAAGCAAUCUCCUAGAAGCUGCAACGCAAGGAGCAUCCUCGUCCAUCUCUUUGGUGGCUUACAUCGCUGCGAAUCUGAUUGCCUUCCUGGCUCUGCUGUCCUUUCUGAAUUCAGCCCUGUCCUGGUUUGGAAACAUGCUUGACUACCCGCAGCUGAGUUUUGAGCUAAUAUGCUCCUACAUCUUCAUGCCCUUUUCCUUCAUGAUGGGAGUGGACUGGCAGGACAGCUUUAUGGUUGCCAAGCUCAUAGGUUAUAAGACGUUCUUCAAUGAAUUUGUGGCCUACGAGCACCUCUCAAAACUGAUCCAUUUGAGGAAAGAGGCUGGGCCCAAAUUUGUGAAUGGUGUGCAGCAAUAUAUGUCGAUUCGUUCCGAGACAAUCGCCACCUAUGCUCUCUGUGGUUUUGCCAAUAUCGGUUCUCUGGGAAUAGCGAUCGGUGGACUCACAUCCAUGGCUCCUUCCAGAAAGCGUGACAUCGCCUCAGGAGCAGUGAGAGCUCUGAUUGCGGGAACUGUCGCCUGUUUCAUGACAGCCUGUGUCGCAGGCAUACUCUCCAGCACUCCUGUGGACAUCAACUGCCAUCACAUUUUAGAGAAUGCUUUCAACUCCAGCUUACCUGGAAACACAACCAAAGUGAUAUCUUGUUGCCAAAGUCUACUGAGCAGCACUAUUGUCAAAGGUCCUGGCGAGGUCAUCCCAGGAGGAAACCACAGCCUGUAUUCUCUGAAGGGUUGCUGCAAGUUGUUGAAUCCACCAACGUUUAACUGCAGUUGGAUCCCUAAUACCUUUUGAGUUCAGCCAUUCGUGCAGUGGAAUUCUGAGUACAGAUGCUGAAUUUUCUGCUUUGGAGGAAAAAAAAAACUGUCGUCCACAGAUUGAGACUUCCAUCAUGGAAUCAGCUUUGAUCACAAGGAGAAGAGAAAAAGAGUGAAUCCUUCAGAGCUAC